GUUGCACGAAGUAGAAGGGCUCUACAACCUCUACCCCUAUUCUUAAAAAAAUUAUUUCUAGUGUAAUUUUUCGCUUGCGAACUUGGAGACUGUUCCCACUCCGCAACACUUUAAAUAUUGAUUUGUUAGCUAUAGUAACUUGCACGGAAAGAAAUCCUGAUCUGGAGGCUUGUGAACCGGUAAAUAAAAAUUCCUCUGCAACCCCUUAUAUAUUAAUUUCAUGGGGUCAAAAUAAAAUUAAAAAAAAUGGAAUUCUGGUUUAGAAUAGUUCUAAUGGGCCUCUGUGUUUUGCCUCGUUUGCUGUGCUGCAAACCUCUUUUGCCAACAUCCCAUGCGCACGAGAACAGUUAACCACGACCGUAGCUACCAUUUUAAAAAUUAGUAUAUACAAUUGUCUGGACGGGGGUUGUUUAUGUUGUUAUUUAAAGCAUAAUUUCGAAAUACUUAACAUAAAUAUAAUACUUCCUCAUUUUUUAGGACGUUAAGAUUCUUAAAUUAUUAAGUGUUAUAGAAAUUGUAAUGUAUCUUUGCUAUAAACAUAAAAAAUAUGCCAAACUUAACAUGAUAGACCCUGAUAGUGACAGUCCGGAAAAUACUAGUCCGUCAUUUACCACUUCCAGAACAUAAUAAUAAAUCAAAAUGGCGUCGCAAACAGAGAUUUCUGAGAUCAACAAUGAAGAAUCUACUUUCCUAAACAAGCUGCACUCUUGGAUAUCUUGGUCUUGGAAAUACUUAUGGGGCAUUUGGUUUAUAUUAAUCAUAACGCUCGUAUGGUUUUUGCGCGGCCCGCUUAAAUUGAAGGAAAUGUUAAACAUGGCUGGAAUUGUUCUCUCAACACUUACACCUAAAUUUUUCGUUGCAUUGACUGGAACUUACUCCUUUCUAUCUGGUUUUGCUUUGUUAUUUGAAUGGUGGUAUUUCCGAAAAAACGGAACAUCAUUUAUUGAGCAAUUCUCACUUGCACAUAUUGCUCCUAUACUUGGACUUGGCUCAGAACAAUCAAAUGUAAAACAGCUUAUUGCAGAAUGCAAAGUCUGGCGUAAUCCAAUGAGUCUGUUACGUGGAGCUGAAUAUCAAAGAUUGCAGUGGACUUUAAACCUGAAAGCAUUGACAGCUUAUGAUUUAUCAUUGUCAGAAAAAGACCAUUUAUCGUUUUUUACAUGCUCAAGAGAUCAAUCUAAUGGACGACCUGGCGACUUGAAAAUGUUAAAAGCAUGGAAAGAGAGAAAUCCUGAGAAAAGGAUUGCUUUAGCUCAUGAGGCUUUACAUGAAUCACAGACUAAUUGUCCAACUGCGUAUGUUUUGUUGGCAGAAGAAGAAUCUACAACAAUUGAAGAGGCUGAAGCUUUCUUCAAGCAAGCACUGGGUGCAAGUCAAAAUUGUUUAAAACAAUAUAAUAGUUUGUCAGCUGACGAAGAAGCUGAAGCCUGUCAUCGUCGAGAUACCAAUGUUUGUGUUUAUGUAAAACGAAGAUUAGCAAUGUGUGCGAGGAAGCUUGGUCGAACGAAAGAAGCUGUUAAAAUGAUGAAAGAUUUAUUAAAAGAAUUUCCAUUCCUAAGUGUUUUAAACAUUCAUGAAAAUUUAAUCGAAGCGUUGCUUGAGUUACAAGCUUAUUCUGAAGUGCAGCAAGUGCUCACAAAGUAUGACGAUAUUAGCUUACCGAAAUCAGCAACAAUAUGUUACACAGCUGCUUUAUUAAAAGCAAGAGCGGUAGCAGAUAAAUUUUCACCAGAUAUAGCUGCUAAAAGGGGACUGAGUCCUACUGAAAUAAGUGCUGUUGAAGCUAUACAUCGAGCAGUGGAGUUCAACCCACACGUACCAAAAUAUCUACUAGAAGAAAAAAGUGUGAUUCUACCUCCAGAGCAUAUACUCAAACGUGGAGACAGUGAAGCCAUCGCGUAUGCAUUUUUCCAUCUUCAACAUUGGAAACGUGUGGAUGGAGCUUUAAAUUUAUUAAGUUGUACUUGGGAAGGAACAUUUCGCUUAUUACCCUAUCCUUUGGAAAAAGGCCAUCUUUUUCAUCCUUACCCGACAUGCACAGAGGCUGCAGAUAAAGAAUUACUGCCAGAUUUCCAUCAAGUUUCUGUUUAUCCACAAAAGGAGCUGCCUUUCUUUUUCUUGUUGGCUGCUGCUCUUUGUUCGCUAUCCGCCAUGUUAGCCCUACUUACUUACCAGUUCCCCGAUGAAAUGGGGUUUGGGGCCAAUACCGUGGUAACUUGGUUUGCUUUUCCUCUUACAUCUAUGCUUCAAAAGUUUGAAGAUUUAUUUCCUCCGCAUAUAUGGCAACAUGUUACCACCCUGUAGAAGACGUUCAUUUGGACACAUUAUCGACUUCGGACUAUUGGCCAAAAUGAAGAACUAUAGUUCUUCAUUUUUAUCUGUUUGGAAAUUGAAAUAACAUACAUUUUUAUUUUAUUAGAAUUAUGUACAAUUUGGAUAUUUAUUGUGGAAAGAAAACUAGAAAUAAAAAACGA